CGCAUCGCAGUAAUCUUACUGCUCUCUGUUUCGCGUCUGCACCUGAACGCAUCACUGCUCAGCAUCAGGUAGCAAAAAGCAGCUAAAGCCACAAAAACCACGUGUUUAUUUUGACUUUUGACUCUUUUAUUGUAAAGUUUCCGCGCACACAGCUCACAUUAAUGGCGAAGAGACGCGCAGAGGACACCCUGCUGCACGACUCUCCCUCCAAAAGAUGCCACCGCUCGGUCUGCAGUGUUGACAUGCAGCUGGGGAGCCUGGCUCCGACCGGGGGUGUGAGCCCGCCGUCCCUGCUCGCUCUGCUGGGCAGCCGCUCCAGGAAGAGGCCGCACUACUUCGAGGAACCGGAGGAGGAAGGAGCAGCUCCGUUCCGCAGGGCCACAAACUGCGACACUAGGAAGCAUGCAGCGAGUGUUUUGACGGUGCAGACUUCUUCUGGAAGUUUCCAGGAGCGUCGCAGCUCGAGCGCGGCCACGAGCUCCAAGAAACGGACUCGAGAGGACGGCACGAGCUCGGAGACUGCUGGUCCUAAAGUUAAUGAUAAAGCUGAAGAAGACACCAACGCUGAAGACGACUCUUACAACUCCUUCCAGUACUGGAGGACUCCCUUACCUGAACUCGACCUUUCCCUGCUCGAAGAUCCCAGCGACAGUUCCCAAACCAAAGACAAAGCAAAAGUCAAAGACCCUUCUUCUUCCGACGCCAUGGAGACCUGAAGGUGGAAGGCGCUUUCACUCCGUCCUACGUGAUGCUGUUUAGCAGAUAGAUGGGUCAAGAGCACCUUUGAGGUUGCAUCCAGGUUGAGAUGGAAUAACCUGAUUGUGUGGAAGCAAAGUUAGCUCCGUCAGAGUGACACAGGCUGUAGUAGUGAGCCUCAUGUUGGUGCAAGAUCUCAACGACUCGUGUAACGUAAGGAAGAGAUCUUCAAUCCUGUUCUUACAGAGGGGGACCGAAGUGUUAUUGUAACGCUCUCUGAAGGGUUGCCCAUCCAUCCUCAAACUGUACAUAGUUUACUUGUAAAGUUGUGUGAUCGGGCAACCUGGUGUACAACUUUUUGUUCGGUGCAGAGUCCCUACGUUGCAAACCUAGUAUUUUAUACAAUCAUUUAUAUCCUGUUGUUAAAGAAAUUGGGUCUGUACAUAGCAGUGCAUUAUAAACACACUGUUCUUCAGACUGUUGUUUGGUGUAACUUUUGUUGUUUGUAGAGUGUUCUGUAAUAACUUUUAUUGCAUGUUAUUGUUGCACAGCUGGUUGUCAUGACUCCUGUGUGAUUUUUAUUUUGGUUUACUUAAAAAUAUUGACUUUUUUUUAUCAAUGUCAGGGGUGGUGCCAUGGGAUGAACAGAAAAAGGGAAUAAACCAGAAGUUUAGAUGUUUAAA